GUGGCCCGCUAGCUAGAUGUAAAUAUUGACUAAUUGGAAAUGUAUCACACAUGUUAUGGAGACAAGUUGCUUCUCUGAUAUCGACAAUGACUCGGCGUCAAUUGUUGGUGAUUCUGAAGGAGAAGAAGAAACAAAUCUUUACCUGGACAGAUUGAUGCUUGCAGAUUUGCUAGACUCGCCCUACUCAUAUAAUUUGUCCACACCACACACCAUCAAUGGCUGUACAGACGGGUUUUCUCCUCAGAUAGCGAUGUUGACUUGUAGACGUUUGGAUGGCUUGGACCAAGUGCGUCUCACACCUGAAAAGAUCCAAUCCCCAUUUUUGUCAAGGAGUUCUGGGAAUCCAGAUGACGAGAAGGGAAUGGACGGUGUUAUCGCUCAAGGACAUGAUGGAGAAGACAGUGAGGGGAUGAUAGAAGAGGAUCCCUCUGAGGGGUCGGUGUCAGAGAGUCCCUCACAGCACGUUGGGAGUGGUACCUCUACCAGACGUUUGAAGAGAGCAACGACGGUAGCUAAGACACAGGGUGGCGGUGGUUGUGACCUCUCACAGAAGGAGAUAGGUGCAGAGCCCAAGAGACAGACCAGGCUGACUGACAGUCAGACACAGGGGAGUAGACAGACCAGACCAAUGGAAGAAAUCAGACCAACCAGACAGAAUGACAACCAGGCACAGGAGAACAAACAGGAGAACAGACAGACCAGGCAGACUGACAGCCAGAAGCAGGAGACCAGCGGACCAACCAGGCAGACCAGGCAGACUGACAGUCAGAAGCAGGAGACCAGCGGACCAACCAGACAGACCAGGCAGACUGACAGUCAGAAGCAGGAGACCAGCGGACCAACCAGACAGACCAGGCAGACUGACAGUCAGAAGCAGGAGACCAGCGGACCAACCAGACAGACUGACAGCCAGAAGCAGGAGACCAGCGGACCAACCAGGCAGACCAGGCAGACUGACAGCCAGAAGCUGGAGACCAGCGGACCGACCAGGCAGACUGACAGUCAGAAGCAGGAGACCAGCGGACCAACCAGACAGACCAGGCAGACUGACAGUCAGAAGCAGGAGACCAGCGGACCAACCAGACAGACCAGGCAGACUGACAGUCAGAAGCAGGAGACCAGCGGACCAACCAGACAGACCAGGCAGACUGACAGUCAGAAGCAGGAGACCAGCGGACCAACCAGACAGACUGACAGCCAGAAGCAGGAGACCAGCGGACCAACCAGGCAGACUGACAGCCAGAAGCUGGAGACCAGCGGACCGACCAGGCAGACUGACAGUCAGAAGCAGGAGACCAGCGGACCAACCAGACAGACCAGGCAGACUGACAGUCAGAAGCAGGAGACCAGCGGACCAACCAGACAGACCAGGCAGACUGACAGUCAGAAGCAGGAGACCAGUGGACCAACCAGACAGACCAGGCAGACUGACAGCCAGAAGCUGGAGACCAGCGGACCAACCAGACAGACCAGGCAGACUGACAGUCAGAAGCAGGAGACCAGCGGACCAACCAGACAGACCAGGCAGACUGACAGCCAGAAGCUGGAGACCAGCGGACCAACCAGACAGACCAGGCAGACUGACAGCCAGAAGCAGGAGACCAGCGGACCAACCAGACAGACUGACAGCCAGAAGCUGGAGACCAGCGGACCAACCAGACAGACCAGGCAGACUGACAGCCAGAAGCAGGAAAAUGGAGGUGUGAACCACGGUCAAUCCAAUAGCAGGCGGAGCAUCACCCGUCUGAAUGCCCUCCACCGGAGGAACCGUUACGGGGAGACUCUACUCCACAUUGCAGCCAUGCAAGGAGACACCCAGUGGAUCAGAGGCAUGCUGUCGCUGGGCCCCGACAUCAACAUGGCCGACAACGCAGGUUGGACUCCUCUUCACGAGGCAGUGUCCCACGGUCACUAUGAGAUCAGUAAGCACCUGAUCCAGGCAGGAGCUCUGGUCAACUGUACUGGAGAAAAUGGAACCACACCUCUACUUGAUGCUGUAGUGCAGGGACACCUGCAGAUAGCAGAGUUGCUGUUGAAGCACGGGGCAGACCCUCUACUGAAGAACAAUGACGGACAGACAGCCUAUAGCAACACCUCAGAACCCUGUCUGAUCAAACUCAUGGAGAAAAACAUCCCCAAUAACAAGAGAAAGGCACUAGCAGGAAGAAGCGGUGAGAGGUCAGGAGCAGGAGAACCCAUGAGACCGUUGAGGUCCGUGUCCGAGGGCACUGUGUCCAGGAACAUCCCUGGGGGGUCCCAGAGCGGGCAGAACGUCACCCCUCUGAAUAUCCUCCACCGGAAGAACUGUUACGGGGAGACUCUACUCCACAUUGCAGCCAUUCAGGGAGACACCCAGGGGGUCAGAGACAUGCUGUCACAGGGGCUCGACGUCAACAUGCCCGAUAAUGCAGGUUGGACUCCUCUUCACGAGGCAGUGUCCCACGGUCACUAUGAGAUCAGUAAGCACCUGAUCCAGGCAGGAGCUCUGGUCAACUGUACUGGAGAAAAUGGAACCACACCUCUACUUGAUGCUGUAGUGCAGGGACACCUGCAGAUAGCAGAGUUGCUGUUGAAGCACGGGGCAGACCCUCUACUGAAGACCAACAACGGACAGACAGCCUAUAGCAACACCACAGAACCCUCUCUGAUUAAACUCUUGGAGAAAAACAUCCCCAAGAACAAGAGAAAGGCACUAGCAGCACCAACAAAACGACCUGCAGACUCGUCCCAACUCAGCCCGUCCCAAAGUGGAACAGGGAGGAAGCUUAGGAGGUUACCAGUUCAGGCAGAUCAGACCAGUACUGACCAGGAGAGAUACCAGCAGAGACGCACAACAACCAGGUCUGAAACCAGCAACACUGACCAGCAGAGACGGACAACAACCAGGUCUGAAACCAGCAACACUGACCAGCAGAGACACACAACAACCAGGUCUGAAACCAGCAACACUGACCAACAGAGACGCACAACAACCAGGUCUGAAACCAGCAACACUGACCAGCAGAGACGCACAACAACCAGGUCUGAAACCUGCAACACUGACCAGCAGAGACGGACAACAACCAGGUCUGAAACCAGCAACACUGACCAGCAGAGACACACAACAACCAGGUCUGAAACCAGCAACACUGACCAGCAGAGAGACACAACAACCAGGUCUGAAACCUGCAACACUGACCAGCAGAGACGGACAACAACCAGGUCUGAAACCAGCAACACUGACCAGCAGAGACACACAACAACCAGGUCUGAAACCAGCAACACUGACCAGCAGAGAGACUCAACAACCAGGUCUGAAACCUGCAACACUGACCAGCAGAGACGCACACCAACCAGGUCUGAAACCUGCAACACUGACCAGCAGAGACGCACAACAACCAGGUCUGAAACCAGCAACACUGACCAGCAGAGAGAUACAACAACCAGGUCUGAAACCAGCAACACUGACCAGCAGAGAGACACAACAACCAGGUCUGAAACCUGCAACACUGACCAGCAGAGACGCACACCAACCAGGUCUGAAACCUGCAACACUGACCAGCAGAGACGCACAACAACCAGGUCUGAAACCAGCAACACUGACCAGCAGAGACGGACAACAACCAGGUCUGAAACCAGCAACACUGACCAGCAGAGACGCACAACAACCAGGUCUGAAACCAGCAACACUGACCAGCAGAGAGAUACAACAACCAGGUCUGAAACCAGCAACACUGACCAGCAGAGAGACACAACAACCAGGUCUGAAACCAGCAACACUGACCAGCAGAGAGACACAACAACCAGGUCUGAAACCUGCAACACUGACCAGCAGAGACGCACACCAACCAGGUCUGAAACCUGCAACACUGACCAGCAGAGACGCACAACAACCAGGUCUGAAACCAGCAACACUGACCAGCAGAGACGCACAACAACCAGGUCUGAAACCAGCAACACUGACCAGCAGAGAGACACAACAACCAGGUCUGAAACCAGCAACACUGACCAGCAGAGAGACACAACAACCAGGUCUGAAACCAGCAACACUGACCAGCAGAGAGACACAACAACCAGGUCUGAAACCAGCAACACUGACCAGCAGAGAGACACAACAACCUCUACUAAAGACCUGGCCACCAGAAGAACCUUUACUCCUCCUCCUCGCCCUCAACCAAUCCCAGAGGUCCUGAGGAGAAGGAGUCCGCUCUAUGUCCCCAACCCUGAUCCAGAGGUACAAGGAGAGGACAGUGUUGCUAUUAGUGACAGCGAGAGUGACGAGACCGUUGACUACACGGGAGAGGUUUUUAACUUCUCGUCGGACGAAACAGAAGACUGGACUCAUGAAACCACGCUGGAGUUCUAUAGAGAGGGAGCUGUGAGGAGCAGGGAGGACUCUGGUUGAGCUGAAUUAUAGGUUGUUGUUGUGUUUCGUCUAUGACAUCACAUUUGUUGUUGUGUUUUGUCUGUGACAUCACAUUUGUUGUUGUUUUGUCUAUGACAUCACAUUUGUUGUUGUGUUUUGUCUAUGACAUCACAUUUGUUGUUGUGUUUCGUCUAUUGUCCCAGUUGAAACUAGUAAAAACCUUUCUCAGUCUUAUGAAUGUUGAUCAUAUUGGAUUCAAAGGUUUUUAAAAUUUAUUCCGUUUUAUCUUGUGUUUAGUUUUGAAAGAUUAUGUGCAUGUUUGUUUGAAUAUAUUUUUCCAAGUUAUUUUUUCACAAAGAAUACCUUUAAACAUUUGUGAUGUGUUAAUAUGUUUGUGACAUUGGGAUAAUAUAUUGUAUGAUGUGUAUUAUUUUUUUGUAGAGUAGCUACAGUAGUAGCUGGUACAAUUAAAUCAUUUGUUGUGAAAGUGUAACAAAGUAUCUUAUUUAUUUGUAAGCUCACGUUCAACGUUUCUCCUUCUAUUGUAUCAUAAUACUUGUUAAU